CCAAACCGCACAACCAAGCCCACUCCAACGCGUUCGCAAGCCAAAACACAGAAACCCUCACACAGACAGACAGAAGUCCCAGACCAAGAACCAUGACGCCACCCCCGUGCCAGCUGAGGCCAAUCAACCUCCACGACCCAUCCGACUUCACCGAGAUGCAGCGCCAGCGCCAGAUCUGCGGGUGGGACCACGAGGCCCCCAAGAUCGAGAGCUGGAGAAACAAGCAAGACGAAGGCCUGAAGGGGUUCUACUGGGUGUGUAUUCCCGACCCCAGCAGCGGCAGCAGCAGCAGCAGCAGCAGCAGCAGCAGUAUCGCCACCACCUCCUCCUCCACAAUCCGCGCAGGACACAUCUCCCUAGACGCCUACAGCGACCCGCCGGACGCCGACCUCGCGCGCGCCGACCGCUCGGUCCUCACCGUGCAGACGCUGUUCAUCCUCCCGGAGUACCGGGGCCUGGGGCUGGGCCGGCGCGCCAUGGACCUGGUCGAGGAAAAGGCGCGCACGCAGGAACCGAAGUGCCGGUACCUGGCGCUCACGACGCUGAGCGAGCGGCAUUUUGUGGAUGAGUCGCCUGAGGGCACGGGUGUGUGGGCGCGCACCGGCUCCGCGCCGCCGCGCAUGGGCUGUAAUCAGUGGUGGUAUGCGCGGCGCGGGUACGUGUUUUGGAAGGAGGAGCCCCGGUGGACGGAUAAAGGGUUGGAUGGGUCGGAGGUGGCGUUUUAUGCGGCGUUCAUGCGGAUGGAUGUUCGGGCGGGGGUGGAGGGGGAGGGAGGGAAGGUGGUUGUUUAG